AUGGACACACCAGACUACGAAGCCGAAAAGGCCAAGAUGCUCCGCGGCGAGCUCUACCGCGCCUUCACCCCGGGCCUGAUCGCCGCCCGCCACCGCUGCAAAGUCGCCGUGCAUGCGUUCAACAACGCCGGGAUCGUCUCGCGACGGCGGCAGGUGGAGUUGUGGAGAGCAAUCCUAGAAGACGCCCGCCCCCUUCCACCGCCGGCCCCCACUCCAGAAGAAGACGAGGCGCUCUUCGAGCAGGAACCCUGGGUGGAAAGCCCCAUCCGCAUGGACUACGGGUUCAACGUGAGUGUCGGCGCGGGCACGUUCAUCAACUUCAACUGCACGAUCAUCGACACCUGCCGCGUGGUGAUCGGGGAGCGGUGUCUGUUCGGCCCGAAUGUGAGUCUCUACACGGGACUGCAUCCGCUGGACGGGGAGGUGCGGAAUGGCACGGCCGGGCCGGAGUGGGGCAAGGAGAUUCAUAUCGGCGAUGAUUGCUGGUUGGCCGGGGAUGUGAAGAUUCUGGCGGGAGUGACAGUUGGAAAAGGGUCGACGGUUGGGGCGGGGAGUGUGGUUACUAAGGUUAGCCAAAUUGUGCUCUGUGGUAGUGGAUGA